AUGGGAAUUCUCAAUUCGAAUCCGCAGCUCGCGUUCACGACGUCAACUUUCAUUCUUUUGCUUCUCUCUAUUCUUGCUGUUAUCCUCCAUACAUCGGUCUUGAUCUCUACUGCUUGGGGCUCAUUAGCUGUAACUGAAACCCUCCAUUUCGGCCACAAAGAUUUCGGCAUCUAUGUUCUUCCAGAGCACCUCGACGCAUCUAGUUCUAAGUUGGCACUAGUAUCUAGCAUUAUUUCUCUCGUUACAUCUACAGAUUGUCUUGCAUUUUCCACGGGAUACUGGACCAAGAAUAAACAAACUUACCAAUUCUCUCCUAUUUCGAUCCUUAGAUUGACUCUGCUAUUCAAUACACUGCUAUGCUUCGUCGCAGUAACCUAUCUCCACAUCUCAUACAUCCGAUCCGCAACAUACAAUCCGGAGCGCAGUCAUCGUGGACACUAUCAUGAAGGAACGUUCGAUGUUGAAGCUUGGACGUGUCAGGUUGUGAGGUAUUCGGAUGUAUACUCGGAUAGUAUGUGUAGGGAUGCGAGAGCUGGACGGGUGGUGCAGGUUCUGAUUUUUGUGGUUGCACUUGUGGCGAUGUGGGUUGGACGGUGGGAAUUGAGAGAGGGGGGAGGGCUGGAAGGGGGAGCGGCUUGGUUUGGAUAA